AUGACAGCACAGACGUCGUCUGUAUUCACCCUCUCGGACAACCCUAGCUCCCGAUCAUCGACGCUGCUCUCGAUAUCGAUCAAGUCCGAAGAGGAGGAGACAGGAGAGACCGAUCCGAAGCUCCUCGAUCUCAGCUUGACCCGCAGCCACGAUGACGAGCCUGAGCAAGAACAGGAAGAACUUAGGGCUUUUGAACUGAAUGAGACCAGGUUGAUCUUAUUGGGACUGGAUAUUGUGCAAGUCUCGUUGGAUCUUGAUGGGUGAGCGUCGUGCAGCUGUCCUCAAGUGAAGGCGAUCCGGAUUCGUGCCACGUACGACAGAGAGAUUGACCUCGGACUACCAAAUAUAUCGGACCGAGUACAGCACCCGCGAGACGGAUUUGAAACCUUUGCUUCGGGUUUAUGAGCAAAGACGUUUGCAGAUCACAGUGAGUAGCCCUUCUUUCGUCUAGAUACGUCUGAUCGCUUGGCUCUCUCCGACCUGACCCCACACAGCCAACUCCGCACUCAUCCCUGCCGUCAGGACAUCAUCGUCACCAUCUUACACCUCCAACUCCAACUCCAUCACCAUCCCCUUCCAGACCAUUUCAUUCUUCUUGACUCGGAAUUCGAACUCAACUGCUGUAAGUCUCUCGACCCUUCGUUCCAGCAAGACCCCUCCGAACAACAACUCCUGAUCAUUCUUCUCCUGCCAUCUACAGAUCAACAAAGUUGGGCUGUGAUGCGAUCGAGGUGGGCGUGGUCUUUGGACGGUCGGCCGAUCGAGGGAAGGGAAAAAAAGUGGCGCUUCGUACUGGGCGCGCCUCUGAAACCGAGUCUCGUGUGA